GACAGGGACUGUUCGCUCCUACGGGCUGUAGAUGGAGCUGUCCGGCCCCGGCGAGGGGGAAGGCGCCCGGAGAACGUUCUUCCUCUCCCAGGCCGGCCCGAGCGGGGAAGCCGCGCUCCCAGGAUGCAGUUUGUGUCAACACGGCCGCAGCCUCAACAGCUGGGCAUCCAGGGCCUGGGGCUGGACGGCGGCAGCUGGAGCUGGGCCCAGGCGCUGCCCCCCGACGAGGUCUGCCACCAGGAGCCGGCGCUGCGCGGGGAAAUGGCCGAGGGAAUGCCGCCCAUGCAGGCUCAAGAAUGGGACAUGGAUGCUCGGCGACCUAUGCCCUUUCAGUUCCCACCCUUCCCGGAUAGGGCUCCCGUCUUCCCUGACCGCAUGAUGCGGGAGCCCCAGUUACCCACAGCAGAGAUCUCGCUCUGGACUGUGGUGGCCGCCAUUCAGGCUGUGGAGAGGAAGGUGGACGCCCAGGCCAGCCAGCUGUUAAACCUAGAGGGACGCACGGGGACCGCCGAGAAGAAGCUGGCCGACUGCGAGAAGACCGCUGUGGAGUUCGGGAACCACAUGGAGAGCAAGUGGGCUGUGCUGGGGACCCUGCUGCAGGAGUACGGGCUGCUGCAGCGGCGCCUGGAGAACCUGGAGAACCUGCUGCGGAACAGGAACUUCUGGGUCCUGCGGCUGCCCCCGGGCACCAAGGGCGAAGCCCCCAAGGUCCCGGUGACUUUUGUGGACAUAGCUGUCUACUUCUCUGAAGAUGAGUGGAAGAACUUGGACGAGUGGCAGAAGGAGCUUUACAAUAACCUUGUUAAGGAAAACUACAAAACCCUGAUGUCCCUGGAUGCCGAGGGCCCCGUGUCUAAGCCAGAUGCUCCAGCCCAGGUGGAGCCCAGAGAAGAGCCUUGUGUGUGGGAGCAACGGCAUCCUGAAGAGAGAGAAGUCCCAGUGGAUGCAGAUACAGGAGCUGAGCCCCUGGUACCUGCACAGGACUUGCCCUCCCAGGUGAAGCGGGAGGAAGCUCUGUGUGUGCGGAGCCAGCGGAACCUGGAAGAAAGAGCUAUCCCCACGGAAUCCAUCACUGACUCCCCCAUCUCUGCCCAGGACCUCUUGUCUCGGAUUAAGCAGGAAGAGCAGCAGUGUGUAUGGGACCAGCAGGAUUUGGCAGAGAGAGAUAUUCCCACGGACCCCAAUUCAGAAUCUCUGAUCUCAGCACAUGACAUUUUGUCCUGGAUCAAGCAGGAGGAGCAGCCGUACCCAUGGGGCCCACGCGAUUCAAUGGAAGGAGAACUCGGACUCGACUCUGGCCCUAGUGACAGCCUGUUGAUGGUGAAGAACGCAGCCCCUGCCCCUCCGCAGCCCCACCAGCAGAGCCUGCCCCCGCUGCCCGAGCACCCCGGCGGCCCGGGCAGCCGCGGGUUGCUGGACAAUGGCGGCUUCCCCGCGCUCCCCGGGGAGCGCGGGGAAGCCGCCAUUGUCCAGCAACCCGCGGCUGCCCGGGCCGCCGGGGUGCUCGGGCAGCGGGGGCAGGCUCUGCUGGUGGGGCUGCGGAGGGGCAGGGGCUGCGUUCUUCACCAUCAACAGGCUGUCACCUUGGGAGGGACGGGGGGAAAGACCAGAAAACCGACAUGUUGA